AUGCAACAUUAUGGCCGUCCAACAACGAUACUUUCUGUUGCUAUACAUCUAUCGACAGAUGAUGGACUAAAUCGUUCUCAAUUGAAUGAAGUUGAUUUGCGAAAAUAUUUUCAACAAUUUGGUCACAUUAUCGGUUGUCAAUGGGAAGAAAAUGAACAUGCAAAAAAAGCUUUUCUCGAAUUCAAGGAUUAUGAUUCGGUCGAUCAAGUUAUGCUCUACACAGGAUCACAUGAAAUAAAUAAAAUCAAAGUGAAAGUUCAAAAAGAAAUGCAAGCACCACGAAGACGAGAUCGAGAUGGUCCGAACAAUCAUCCACGUCCAUACUGUGUUCAUAUAACGAAUUUACCACCAAGUAUUACCAGCGAACAACUAUCAUUGAUCUUUGAAGUACAUGUUGCCGAUAUUUUGAUUCGGCCACAAGCGAUCCCAGAGGAGAAUGAGAUCUCUGAAAUGUUGCCUUGGGAAGCUUGGAUAAAACAUUCGGAAUAUAAUGUCGCGAUAUUCGAUUGGAAUUACCAACCAGCUGAAUCAGUUCUAAUGAGAGAUGAACUACAAUCAUCUCACAUUCCUUCGGCCGUGAAGUUUAAAUCAAUUGUACCUGAAUCUCUUGCUCAGGAUGUACAAUCGAUUAUGAAUGUUGAAAAUCCUUCUCCAAUUUCAUCUGCUCAACAUCAAACUUGGGCAGAUCGUGUCAAGCCUUCUCCAUCAAAACCGAAGAAGCAUCCAACGAAAUCUAUUUUCUCAAAUUCCUCUAUCGAUAUGCCAUCUGAUAUGGCCAAAUAUGCGCCACAGUGGCGUUGGAUUAAUGAAAAAACAUUUGAAAAUUCUCAUGAAAAAAUCGAAGAGUACACUGUGGUAUCAAUAAGUGAUGAAAAUCGAAAAGCCACCAUGAGAAUCUUUCUGUCGGGCGAUGAUAACAAUAAUGCUCGUUUUCGAGCGUGUCAUGAGUUGAAGAUUCUGGAAAAGUUACAAAGUAUAACUAUUCUCUACAAUGUGUUUGUUUUUGGCAAUAUCCAUGGUUUCUAUUUAGGUCUCAAUUCUGUUCCAAAAUUGAUCACAAACAAUAUUCAUUCAUCGGAUAAACAAAGUAGAAAUCAGGAUAAAUUUUGGAUUAUUAUAGAAAAUGUUCAAGGCAUAACACUCAAAGAUUUUUUGAAUGAACAUAGAAAAUUAAGCAUUUCUGAUGCUAUUGUCAUUAGUCGAAAAUUAUUAUUGACUAUCAAACACUUUCAUGCUUGCAAUGUUAUCCAUCGAAAUCUUGAGCCUCAAAAUAUUAUUGUAAAAAAUUUUCAACGAUAUGAAAAUAAAUUGACAAAUAUGAAUAACCUCCAAUUUGUCAUUAUCAAUUUUAAUUUAGCAGUGAUCAAUGAUAGUAAUAUUCCAUUUAGUAAACAAGACGAUUUUACAUUGUAUGGAAAACAACAUUGUAAUGAAUUUGAAAAAAUUUUUCAUGUAACUGAUCCAGCUACAACCAAUCCCACGUUCUAUCGAGUACCACAACUCGAGUUACGAUCAAUGGAAGAACUCGAAUUAUCAACUACCCAUGAACAACAACGUAUCGACGAACUUCGAAGUCCGACCAUUGAUAUGAGUCAUAUAUGUGCCAUUCUCUUUUGGCUAAUUACUAAACGAGUACCAGGAGCACCAAAAGAUAUCAACAAUCAAGCACCACAUGAACUAUCCGAAAAUAUCAAAUUAAUUGAGAUGAAAUUACGAGAAAUUACAGGUGUAUGGAAUGGAAAAGAACUAUUUGAUCAUCUAAAACAACAUUUAAACUUGAUAUUUGAUCGUGGUUUCGCCAAGUUUGGACUUCCAUGGUCUUUUGAUGAGCUUACAUUUCAAUUUAAAUUUCUACGUGAAUUGAUCGCUAAUGAAAGAAGUAUGGAUACAACCGCUUACUGGCCGAAAUCAAUAGAAAAUUCUCCAUUGAUUUCAUUCAAUAUGAACGAUCGAUUUCUUCGUGCAGCAACAUUUAUUGAUCAUGCCAAACAAUACAUUGCCAGUCGUUAUACGAAUUCUACUGUUCGUUGGGCAACUGCAGAGAAGAGUCGUUGGUCAGGCAAUAGUGAACGCUUAGAAAACUACGAUGAAGUAACUAUUGAAUGGCCAAAGAAUCGUAAACAUGUUAUUACAACAAUCUGGCAUGUGUCUAUCAGUCCUAAUGACGAUCUCGGUAUCACUGUUAUAACAAAAACUCAUGAAAAGUCAGAAAUUGAAUUACCACUUGGUACAUGGGAGAAAGGACAAGCUAAUGCUAUGAAACAAAUAGCAAUAAGUCUUGAGACAAAAAUAAAAGUGUUAAUGAAAAUUCUUUGUUCAAAUGAAAGCCAUACUGGUUAG